AGCCAUGUUACGACGGCCCCAUCAUGGCGUGUAGCCAGGAGGGGAACGAGUGCGGCUGUGUUGAGAAAAUGUAUCAGUGAUUAAAUUUAUAAGUGAAGUUAUUGGUGAAGUGUGUGUUAAGUGUGCAAAAGGUUCGAGUAUUUGUGAAUAUGGCGUUAGAAUUGCGACUACACAGUCCAGCAGGGGCAGAGCCUGUUAUGUAUCAAUGGCCCCUUACCUCCGGAACUGGCUCGGAUAAACAUGAUGGAGCCCUUGAAAUCGUGGAGACUAUAAGGUGGGUGUGUGACGACUUCCCGGAGCUGAAGCUGCCGAUGGAGAACAACAUUCUGGCGGACUACGACACCAGGAGCUACGAGAGCAUGAAGGGGCUCUGCGACAGAUACAAUCGAGCCAUUGACAGCAUCGUGCAGCUGGAGAAGGGCACGUCGUUGCCAGCCCAGAGGCUGAACAAGCACCCGUCACGGGGACUUCUGCGACACAUCCUGCAGCAGGUGUACAACCAGGCCGUGAGCGACCCCGAGAAGCUGAACCAGUAUGAGCCUUUCUCGCCAGAGGUAUACGGAGAGACAUCAUAUGACCUUGUCUGUCAGAUGAUCGACCAGAUCGAGAUCACAAAAGACGACGUCUUUGUCGACUUGGGAUCUGGUGUUGGGCAAGUUGUCCUCCAGAUGGCAGCUGCAACUCCGUGCAAGAUCUGCUUCGGGGUGGAGAGGGCGGAAGUUCCUUCAAAGUAUGCGGAGAGCAUGAACGUGCUGUUUCGCAAGUGGAUGCGCUGGUAUGGCAAAAAAUACGGCGACUACCAUCUCAUCAAGGGAGAUUUCCUGACAGACGAGCAUCGGGAGAAGAUUGUCAGCGCCACCAUUGUCUUUGUCAACAACUUUGCUUUUGGCCCCACUGUCGACCACAUGCUGAAAGAACGUUUUGCGGACCUGAGGGACGGUGCUCGCAUCGUGUCAUCAAAGUCUUUCUGCCCUCUCAACUUCCGCAUCACGGAUCGCAACCUCAGUGGUGUUGAGGACAUUGGUACCAUCAUGCACGUUUCUGAGAUGUCUCCACUGCGUGGCUCUGUCUCCUGGACUGGCAAACCUGUCUCCUACUACUUGCACAUAAUUGAUCGCACCAAGCUUGAGCGCUACUUCCAGCGGCUUAAGAACCCAAAAGUGCGGGGUGGAGGCGGAUCGACGGGGUCUGGAACGAUGUCUGCUGGCGGCGAGGAGGAGAACACUCCGCCGCGGUCGUCGCGGGAUCGGGCCCGUCGGGACCUGACCAAGCAGCUGAAUUUGGACACCAGCUCCAACAGUUCACGGGACAGUGAUGACAGCACGUCUGUUGCCACGAUGUCGUCGCGGUCCCGAGUGGUGACGGGGCCCACCACCCGUCGAGCCUGGAGCGACUGGUGCUCCAACUCAAACAAGGGCAAAAGCAGCCAGAGCGAAGAGGAGAACAACAACAGUAGCAGCAACGGCAAGAGCAGGUCUCGUCCACCCAAAAAGCUUCGUCGCAAGCUGCCUCGUGCUGGCGGCAAGACGACACCCAUGAUGCAGCAGACGCGAGUCACAGCACAGGCGAAGAAAGGAGCCAGGGGGCGGGUCAAGAAGGGCAAGCCUAAGAAGACAAUUAAGAUUAAUGGACUGGACCUCCUGCACAGUCAGACUCUACUCAGUACAUCCCCUCAAGCCAUAGGGAAGAAGCCUCCUCCAGCACCCGGCUGUGUGGACCAGCAGCUGACGAGUCUCACGCUGAACUCCAAUUCAGUACACACAGAGCUGGACAUCCCGCCUGCUCCCGCUGAUACUCCUUAUGCGUUGCAGAUCUUGUUGGACAUGUACCGUGCACAGUUUUUGCAGAUGGUGGAAAUGAUGAAGAGUCCUCGUUAUCGAGACGACGUUAACCUGCAGAUUGAACGUGACAAGGAGCGCAAUCAGAAACUGAAGAGCCGCGCCGCUCAGCUGGAGAAACAGAUCAAGGUUCUGAUUGACGACAGUGUGGCACUUCUUAAGGCACGCAUGUCAGAACUUGGUAUCAAUGCUAGUUCUCCUGGUGACCUGUUGGCGAAGGCAAAAGAGAUAGUUCUGCGUCACAAGGAACUGCAGGCAAAGGCAUCGAAGCUUCAGGCACAGGUGACGUCGAUUGAGCACGAACAAGCCAAGUAUGUGAGUCUCCGUCAGCAGGAGAUCCUGGAGAAGUGCAGCAAGUCAGGGCUGGUGAAUGGGAUGUCCAAUAAUCAGCAUGUUGAUAUGUCAGGUCUGACCCAGGAAUAUAUCUUGAAGGAGAUCUCCGCCACACUGUCCCAUAGAAAGAAACUGCACUCGAAGGUGUCCCGGCUUGAAUCAGAACUUACUGCCUUGGGAAAAGUGAAUGAUGACCGCAAAUCGCAGCCACCUGUGAGCUCAAACAUGAAGAUCAACAGUGCCUAUACCAAUGCUAGCGUAGUGGCACCCAUUGCUCCCUCUGAGAAAGUACCUCAUGCCCACCCACCUCUCCAACCACCCCUCAUGGUCGCCAAUCAUCACCAUGCUAUCACCACCGUAAAACUGCAGCGCAAGUCUCGAGACACCCGCACCCGAUCUCAGGACUGGCCUGAUGUCCCUGACAUUGGCAGAAUUGAAGAAAACAAUCCAGAGAUCUUGGCACAGAAGAUCCUAGAAACGGGGCGUCAGAUAGAGGCAGGAAAAAUCAGGGAGACUCCCAAGUUUAAUGGAAGUCACACAAAUGCUGGUGAAGUUGGUAGCUCUGGUCAUGACAUUGCACAUGUUAGCAACGGCAAAUACGGCAGACAUGGGACAAACAAUCACUCCUACCAACCACAAUCUAGUUCGGCAGGAAAGUCAGCGUCAGAGACACUUCCUGUCCCUCAUGCACCCCCUAGGAAUGGCUCCACCACAGGAUUGGACUCAAAGAUGAAGCAUGGGCGGUCCAGUGGUGGUAACAAACAGGCAGUGAGCUUUACAAGCAACCGGGCUCAGCAGCCACCACGUGUUGCCAACUUUGAGGACCGCUUGAAGAGUAUCAUCACCAGCGUUCUGAAUGAGGAUCAGCAGAAUCGUCAACAACAGCAGCAAGCCCUGAUGAGCACCUCUGCAGUGAAUACAUCAACGGGCGGUUAUGGGAAUAGCUACUAUGGGGGUACAGGCCCCAACAGCUACAGCGCAACAUCUGGGAUGGAGAUUGGGAAGGCAAGCCGUGAGUGUAAGAAAGAGGAGAGAUACAGGGGAAAAGACUCGUUCGUCCAGUCCAGCAGGAACUUGUCUACUCAGCCGGACUACACGCAGGUAUCCCCAGCCAAGCUCGCUCUGAGGAGGCAUCUAUCCCAGGAGAAAUUGGCAGCCGCAUCUGCUCAGCAGCUGCAGGCGCUAGGAAGCGGCGAAAAGGGUUUAGUGGCGACCCGAACAAUUGGAGAUCUUGUGAGUGGGGAGAUUGAACGCACACUGGAGAUUUCAAAUCAGAGCAUCAUCAAUGCCGCAGUUGACAUGAGUACAAUGAUGUCAGCUACAACACCUGCCAACAUAGUGAAUCAGCACAUCCCACCCCGACCAGAGAGGGUGAAUGCGCGCCUCUCUCGCAUCAUGGAGGACUCGUUGGCCCGCAAGGAGACCGAUGAUCAAGGGGGUGGCAACAGUCCCUCUCCCCUGCACCGCACUCCAGUCUACUCCCCCAUCUCCAGGCCGAGCAGCGCGGAGGGAGGCACGAGUACUGCCGGAAACCCCCCGACACCUACAGGAAUGCUACAUCCCCCUACACAGAUGCUUGAGGGACUGGCAUAUCCACAGCACCGUCCAAAGUCUCCCCCUCCAUCACACCAUGGCCUGGCUACUUUGGCCCAUGUGGCAUACAGCCAUCACUGUGCGUCUGGCUAUGCGAACACCGUGGCCCCUCCUGCGUACUCACCCCGCACCACAGUGUUGUAUCCCCCUUCUUCGUCUGCUGCUUACAUCCCAAAGACGACGGCUUUGCAACAUGUGACAUCAACAACUUUGUCACCUUCGUGUCGGUAUGCGACAUCAUGCAUUGAAGGAGGCUAUACCCCAGUGCAGCUGCCACGGGCAGACAUCAAACCCUAUCACGAGUCAUACUUCUCAGACACAAAGCCCCUCAUCAUUAUGAGCACAGUAGCUGAUCACAAGCCUCCGUCUACUGUGGCUGUAACUGAAGUGUCUGUGAGCAAGCCUCAGUAUGCUAGAAGUGGUUCAGAGUCUUUUGGCCCGGUGGAGGGCCUCGCCGCGACACUGCAUGCUAGAAUAGUAGGGAGCCAGGAAGGCAGCUCGAAGCCUGGUCAGGAAACAUUGGUCGUCAAGGAGGAGGCUGAUGAGCGGACAGUCCGGCACUCAGACUGCAUGAUGUAUGAUGACAGGCAUCGUCACCAGAGAACAGAAUCAACAAAGUUGAAUCAUAGUGAUGGAAAGAUGGAGGAUUGUCGUAUGGUCAUGGACCAGAGAUUUGAAGAACGUGGAGAAAUGAGUCGUGUUGCCGCAUCUACGUCGGGGCCCUCGGCUCUGGCGCCCGCCACGGACGUUGUUAAGACAGAGGCGAUCGAUGGCGUGAAGGUGUCAGACGGUGCUGAAGAUGCGUUUGGGAGGAUGGGUCAUCAUUACCACAAUGGCAGCUUGAAGCGUGCGUCACCAGUGAUCCAGGGCCCUACUCGCUCACACAAGAAACAGCUUUUGGAGAAUGGCAUGAUGCUUGGAGAGAUGGAUGGUGGCGUUUCCUCCGUGUCAGCAGUGGUGACAAAUGCCAGCCAACCCCUGGCCAUCAGUGCCAUCUCAUCUCCAGAGUUGAACUCUGGGAAGUCAACGCCCGUGCCACCCAUAGAAGAUCUGCCUGAACAGAGGCACAUUGAGGACAGAGAGGAAGAUGGUGAGGACGAUGAGGUGGGAGUGCGCAAAGUGGACAAGUGGCAAGACAAGAUCAGCAGUGGCUUUGAUCGUCUUAUGUCGUUUGCUUCUACUGAACUAGACAAGCGACGUCGCAGCACUGAGGGUGCCUCUCCCCGUGGUGGGGACUCUGCUGCCAGCUGCAACACCAGCCCUGACAGUGGCAUAGGUCAUGGUGACCCACCUCCACCACCCUCUGCACCAACCCCUGCCAAGAAGCGCUCCCCAUCUAAUAUGGGAGGGAGCAGUCCGGGUCUGAAGAUGCCUCGCCUCUUUAAGACACCAGCAUCAAAACCAUCCCCUGACCAUGUAGGACGUGAUUCUCCCCCCAUCCUGGAACCUCCACUUAUAGAUGACACUAUAGGCCCUCCCAGAACACCAUCACCAUCAUCAUCAGCUGAUGAGCACCUCCCUGUGUCACUAGGUCCACAUUUCAGCCCAGCACCCCUAGACGGACCCUACAGUCCAGUUUCUGCAGGGACAAGUUUAUUGUCAACCAAUGGCGAGUCCUGCAGUCCUCCCCCACCACCACUGCCCCCAUCCGUCCCACUCAAAUACCAGCGCCCUGACUCACAGGAACACAAGCAUCAUUUCAAGAAGAAGUUCUUCCACCGAGAGAACUGGAGUAGCAGUGGCCACUGGGGCAAGACUGGCGGCAAGUUCCGCCCCAAGGGCAAGGACUGGGAAUGGCACAACAGCAAGAACACGGCCCCAAUCCCACCUGAUUUCUCUGUGCCUCCCCCUCAUAUGGUGAACACUUCACUGCCACCCCCCAGCCCUCGAUACCACCAUCACCCGCGAUAUCGAUCUGGCCACAACUGGGAACGCUAUGGCUCAAACUAUGCCACCCCACAAGACAUGGCCGGCCAGGCCUGGCCUCACUAGCGUGGGUCAUCACUGCCAACCAUAAUGUACUGCCUGCUAACAGUGCUGCCACCCCAUGUUACGUAACACCUUGCUCAAGACAUGAUGAUGGUUAGAGGCUGUCGUGUUACCACCACUGCCACAUUAUUUAUUAUUCUGUACAGAUGCAGCAUCGAAAUCUAGCAAGGUUUUUGUUAAUUUUUGUUUUGUUGUUCUUCCUUUUUUUUAAUGAAAUUAUAUAUUGGCAAAAAUAUUUUAAGGUCGAGUGUGCGUAUAGAAAGCUUCCCUCAGUGUGCCAGUACGCAUCGAGAGUCGAGCAAUCAAUCGAGUGAGAGCGAGCAUGACUGUGUACCUGCCGGUGAGAGCAACUGACCAAAUCCUGAUGUUACGCUGUAAACAUUUAGCUGUAUUUUUCAUUCCACGAUGGAGACUACAGUGGGGGUUUUCAAUAUUUUAUAAUAUUAUUAUUAUUAAUUAUUAUUAUUAUUAUUGUUGUUGUUGUAAUGAUGACAGAUGUAGGGAUGACCCGAUUUAGUAGUUGAGUCACUGCCAUUUUUUGUAUUUCUGCUGAACACUGCCACACAGAGAGCAGCACAUGUGUUCACAAGGUAUGGAAUGGGAUCUCCUUGACUCCUGGCUGUAAUUAGGAAAGUAUAUAGUUAUUGUUUUGUUAAUACGUUUUUCUGUGGAAUUGGCCAACAUAAAAUCAUGAAUGCUUAUUCUUUUUAUUAAAUCCACGAUUAUACAUCUGCAUGAUUUUCUGCCCGUGAUCUACACGGGAACACCUCACGGUUGGCCGAUUCUCUCCGAAAACAUUUUGAAUGUUUCUUUUGAACGUACGUGUUUAUUUCAGAAAGACGUGGGAUGUGUCAUGUACAGCACACAAAAUAGAUGGAUCACUGAGGUCAGGUUUAAACGUACGGUUUAGAUAACGAAGAAGAAGAAGGAAAAAAGGAAGCUGAUAUCUAAAAGUGAGCUUACAGUACAAAAAAAAAAAAGAAUAAGAAAAUAUUGGAGUAUUGGUACUUAGUCUCAGAAUUUGUACUGCCGUUGUUUUGUAGUUUUGUGAAUACCGCAGAUCAUGAUGAUAGUUCAGAUGUAACCUGUCCUUGUGUAAUAAAGUGUAAGAAAUUGUAAAUUUUA